UGAACCAAAAACAGUGAAUAAAUCACUCAAAUCGCUAGAUAAUGGCUGAGGAACUUAAAGUGCCCCUGGGCAGCGAUAGUUCGCGGUCCUUUGUCUCGACUUUGUAUAAAAGGUCGGGAAAUAUUUGGCAUUGACACAGUUCGACUGACAACCUCAUCAUGAAUUCCCUUCGCCUACUGGUUCUACUUGGACUUUUGCUGGCCACUCAGGGCCGAUCUCUUGAUCAGGAGCCUGCUGCAGUUCAGGGGAUUACUUCCCAGGAGGUUCUUCCUGCCCAGGGAACUGGUGUUCAAACCGAAUCCCCUAAAACUGAGGAAGGCAAGCUAGAAGUCCAGAAAACUCCCGCCGAGCCAAGUGACUCUGUCAAGCCCGAAGAAAACAAGGAAGUUCCGGCCAUAGAACAUCUGUCCGUGGAAAACCCAUCUGUUUCCAACGAAAUUUCGAAGUCCGAAGAACCAAGCAAGGCAGAGGAGGCCCCAAGAACUGAAGAAGAAAUCCCCAAGCAGAAGGAGCCCAAAGAACAGAAUCCCGCCGAAGUCCAAGGUCGUGACAAUUUUCAGGCCAUCGAUCAUACCGGUUCCAACCAAAUAGUGGGAGCUGCCGACCUGGACAAGAUCUUUAAAUAUCCUGUCAACCUCAAUCAGUCCCUCAGCAGCUACCAGGGGCUAUACAACAAGUUCGGGGCGUAUCCUGAGGUGGAAGUCAUCACCAUCACCAAUGCCACGGCUGCCAAUGUGACCCACCACGUUCACGACCACUAUUACAAUAACCAGAAGAAGCCGGGCUUCCCGUUCCCCUUCCUGCCCAAUCCCUUCGAGAAACAGGAGACCACCUACGUCAACCUGACGGAAACCACAACGGGCAACGUGACCCACCACACCCACAUCCACGAGGAGACCAAGCCUUUCCCCUUCCUGCCGAAUCCCUUCACGGACUUCCCCAAGGUAGUGGGUCUCAGCCUGGUGCUGCUCCCUAAUCCGUUCUACGUUGACAAGAGCCAAGGGGAGUCGUCGGGAUCGGGAAACAAGGAGGGCGUUCAGUACCAGUACUACGGAAAAUUCCGAGGAUUCUCUGAAGCCAGCCCCCAAAAACAGGAGCAGCCGCAGAAGCCGGGAUUCUACCUCAUUCCCAACCCCCUGGCUCAGCAGGCCAACGAGGGCCGCCUGAACAAAGCGGACGCCAAUGUCCUUCUGCCCGUCAACCUGGCCGCUCUGCCCCUCCUGGUCCCUGCCCCGGAGUUUUCCCAAGGCAAGGCAAGCAGCGUCAAUAUUCAGGAUGUGAUCAAGGCCACCAACGGACACGUGAGUGACGCCCUGAAGGUGCCGGCCAAUGGACUCAGCCAGCUCCAGAAGGAGCAGGCCGCCGUUCAGCAGUUCCUCCUCAGCCACCUGUCCCAGCAGCAGAAGCUGUUCGAGAAGAACCUCCUGAACGAGAAGCGCUCCCAGUCCGCUCCAGCCGGAGGAGCUGCCGUCUUGGAGGAGGAGAGCACCGUACUGUUCGCCGUGGAGAUUCCCAAGCCCAUCUACCGCUUCUUCAAGGGAAUCUUCGGAGGAUUCUCUCAGUAGGAAGUCCAGCAGACCGAAGGAACACCCAGGAUAUAUGACGAAAGAACCAAACGAGUUAGUCUUAGUUUUCACAUUUUCAUCCAAAAAGCAAAUAAUAGAUAAUAAAGUCAAGUGCAUACCAUAA